GUGGCCCGCGACCCCUGCCGUUAGCUUACAGCACUGCUGCGAGCAGCGACAAAGAGCUCCAAAACGCAAAAGAUUAUCAAAAACUUUUCUGCUGCCUGUUAAUCGCAUGCAGAGUUCGUGGUAGUUGGCGUAAGCCACAUAAUACUGAGUAAAUAACUUGAUAUAGGGGCUAAUUACUCAUAAUACUCCACAUACCAAGAAAAAGCUGAGAUCACUCUAAAAAUCAAGUACCGAGAUGCGGGGAUAGUUCGGAUCCAGACACACAGAGAGACCGCAGAUGUGACGAUCUUCCUAUUGGUUCACCAGCAUAGCUGAGGCCAGCAUCAUGCAGAGUGAUGGUGAUGAAGACUAUGACUAAUGCAGUGUUAUGUGUCCCUGGUUAUCACCGACGUUAGGAUAAAGACCGCGGUCUUCUUCCCGUUUCUUAUGAGGGUAGGACAUAUACUAUUGACAUCUUGUGUAUGAAAGAAAUCUUGUCGCUAUGUCGAAUUCUCACUUGCCUGAGACUUCCCUAUGGGCAAACAGAAAAUGUCUGUUCAUAUGUGCCGUCGUCGCGAUUGCAAAUGCGCAGUACGGAUUGGACUCCGUUGUCGUCGGGUCUCUUCAAGCUACGCCUGGCUUCUUGGAGGUUUUCGGAUAUCCUGAUCCCGAUCAACCCGGCGGAUACGGAAUAGACGGCACAUUCCAAAGACUCAUAGGAUCUCUCCUGACGCUUGGCGCAUUCCUCUCCUCUCUUGUAGCUGGUGUUUUUGCCAAUUACUUUGGUCGUAAGGUCGCGCUUUGGUCAGCUUGUCUCUUAAACGCGGUAGCUUGUGUUAUACAAAUUUCGACGACAAGCAAGGUGGCGAUCUACAUCGGUCGGCUUAUUCUGGGUCUGGCGAACGGCUUUCUCGUCACCUUCUCCAACAUAUACACUGCUGAGGCGUCGCCAGCCCACCUGCGUGCCGUCAUGGUAGCUCUGUUCUCGGAAUGGGUCAAUAUCGGGAGUAUCAUUGGAAGCGCGGUAACUAAUAGAACCAAAAGCUUUCUAGAUAAGACGUCUUACGAGAUUCCACUGGGAACACUCUUCAUCGUGCCGACUCUGUUGUCAAUUGGCCUUCUGUUUGUCCCGGAGAGCCCUCGAUAUCUGCUCUACAGAGGCAAUAGCGACGCGGCACGGAAAUCCCUGGAAACUCUCAGAGGAAAUUCAGUAUCGUCGGAAGAGUUAGAAAUUGAAUGGGUAGAAAUGGUCAAGGGAAUUGAAGAGGAGAAGCGGGCAGCAAAGUUGAUAGGGCCGCUAGACAUGUUCAAAGGAACUGAUUUACGGCGGACACUUCUCUGCUACGGUGUCAUUGGUACACAGACGGGCGCAGGCUCGUGGUUCGUGAUUAGCUAUGCGACUUACUUUAUGAUUGUUGCCGGACUCACUGUCGAGGAAGCAUUCAAGUAUACCAUCCUGAACACAGUCUUAGGUUUUGUUGGAGUCAACUUUGGGAUGUAUCUGAUGCGUCAUGUUAUGGGGCGACGUACUAUUCUCAUGACUGGUGCUAUUGUGCAAGGUGGCACGAUGUUGGGCUUAGCUGUUUCCGCGACAGUAGCUCCUGGAACAGUUGCGGCGCGAAAUUGCCUAAUCGCGUUCUUCGCCAUUUAUCUCUUCGUGUAUAACGCGUUCGUAGGGGAUGCGACAUAUCCAACUGCAACGGAGUUAGUCAGUACACGGCUGCGGUCAUGGUCAGUCGGGUCGGCUAUUAGUAUUGGCUACCUUCUUGCAUGGCUGACCUCGUUCUUCUCUCCCUAUUUUAUCAACCCGGAGAAUCUCAACUGGGGUGCCAAGUAUGGUUAUAUCUGGGCAGGUUCUAACCUGGCAUGCUUUCUCUUCUUUUAUCUUUUUGUCCCUGAGACAAAAGGGCGUUCAUUGGAAGAGAUCGAUGAGCUGUUCAAUAAUCGAGUGUCAGUCCGGAGGUUCAAGACAUACCAAACCACAAUUAUAGAAGAUGCUGUCAAAGAUGUGAAAGACCGGCGUGGAGGGAGCGAGAAAACCAUCGGCCCGGCUACGGAACACGUUGAUCAUGCUAAAUGAAAGUUAGAGUUGUUAGCCUUUGGAGAUACAUCUCCUCCGGGGCCCUAGUGCUAACUUAAUGUUUCCCCAGUUCCUACUAACCCCGGUCUGUUAGUUAAACAGUUAUGUCUUAGCUAUAUCCAAAUUAAAAUCUUAGUCAUAAAG